AUGGGAGGAUCUGCCAUGCGUCACAGCGGCACUAAGGAAGCCGUGAUUGGAGGUCGCACUACCAUGUAUCGAGGCACCGUUAUGGUGGAGUGCGUUAGACCGAGUCGUGAAACCGUGAGGGAAGUGGUUGCUGGAGCCAGCUACUGUCCCUUGGGUUGCAAGGUAGUGCUGGCCUUAAGGUGGCUUUGUUGUUGGCGCUGGAAUACUGCUCUUAACCACGGUGCCGCGAGGGACGACAGUGGCAGCAACAGCUGGAACCGUGGUGGUAUCCACUGUGCUGUGGUAUUAGGCCACGGCCUUAGCUGCAGAAAGUGGCCGUGCCCUCAAAGCCGCGACGUCAUGGUGACCUGA